AUGGAUCGAUUUCUAAGGACGUUGGGCCGUAGUUGCUGGCGGGCGGCGGGUCCGCCUUUUGCCAUCUGCAGGCAGAACAGGGCUCCCGUGGGGCUGUUGACUUUCACAGCUAGGUUAUCGUCCGCGGUUUCCACCGAACAGGCCAAUUUGGAGGAGCUUGUCUCCAAUCUUAAAUCAGACCUGCGAGCCAUAUAUUUUUCUAAGCACAUUGCGCCCAAAGGCAAAGCCAGUCAGCUCCAGGGGAAGCUGAGACAGCUGCUGUAUUGCAUGUCGGGCUCUGAAUUUUCCAAAAGCGAGCUCCCGUUUAUAAACAAGAUCGUUCAUGCCAUCGAUCGAGAAUCAGACCCAAUGGACGUGUUUACCGCGCAGGAAAUGCUAGCACUUCUAACGGCUGCUGUUCCGGCUAUGACUGCUAAGGAUGUGAAAAAUAUAGAUUUUUUUCCUCGGUUCUACACCUCGUUGAGGGGAUCCAAAGAGUACCAACAGGAUAGAAAUAUAAGACUGCAUUUAUUCGAGCUAUUUUUCAACUAUGUGCUAGUGAGCAACAAGGGCGACAUAGCGAUCAAAGCAAUAGAAGCAUUUAUAGAGGAGGAGGCGUCUUUGAGGCACGACGACGUGACGGCGGAGGUGGUGGACGUGGCUCUGGAGGCUUUCACUACGGUCACCCCCGAUACUGCGACGGUGGUCAAGUUGUUCGAAAUAAGCGAUCUGGGCGAUGAGAAGCGGUCUGAAAGGCUGCUUGCUGCAUUUUUCAGCGCUGCAGACGCCGAAAUCGGGCGAGAUUACGAAGACAACCAGGUGGCCGCCAGAUUAACCGAGGUGGUAGGUAUUAUGGAGCACAAGAAAAAUCAGCCGCUGAACGAGUACAUCAAUCUCCUGUAUUUUGCCACCAAGAACAAGUUCAACGGGUGUUCGAAGGAAAUAUUGGAUAGGUUAGUGAGCUUGACGGAGUGUUUCAGGAAUAAAUUGGGGAAAAAAAUAAGAGACGAGGAGCUUGCUGCCAUUGUUGCUGCCGCGCUCAAACUCGGCCAGAGCAAGGCGGCGGAGAACUUAAUGGAGAAUCUGGAGUACGACUUUGCUGAAUUCAGCCGGCCUGAAUGGCUGGCAUAUAUGCAGAUCAAAGUCUACAAGACUGCAGACGAAAAGAGCGUUAUCGACCUGAUCCGCAAAAUCAACAACGAUCUCCAACACAGCUACAAAAAAGACUUUCGUGUGAACGACACCGAAACCUUCAACUAUGUGGUCAGCUCAUGCUGCUACUCGGAAAAGAGUCUGGCCUUUGUGAAUGCUAUUUCUGAUUUUUUCGAGUCAGAAUAUACAGUGACGCCGACGGCGGAAACAUACGCAGCAUUGAUCGAACACCAGCUGGAUGUCGGCAAAUGCAAAGAGGCCUUGGAGCUGUUCGAAGGGUCGCUCGAACAACCUAUAGAAUGGGGGGAGGACGAAAAUAGCGUUUUCGCUCCUGUUCUGUUUCGUUUGCUCGAACUGUAUUGCGAAAACAGCAACGAUGAUACCUCCUUAAAGGUGAUUCUGUACAAGCGGAUCAAGAACUAUGGGUACUCCCUAAACAAGGCCGCUCUCAAGGCCAUGAUAGACAUGUUUCUGCAGGAAGACUGUGCGGGAGACGCAAUGCAGCUCUUCCAUAUCGAGGUGGUGGAGCAUUCGAGGGAAGAACGCCAAUCGCUGACAAAAUACGGGCCAAUCUUCGAGUCCUUCUAUGAAUACAGCACCACCGCGGAGGUCAGCACCAGUCGCAACUGGCACGUGUAUGAGUUUCUCCACCAAAACUUCAUUAUACCAUAUGAAAAGUACUAUCGUCUGAUGGAGUACUUUAUUUCUCACAAUGAGCCCAAACGAGCACUGAAGAUGUUUGCAAACCUCAAGGCGUUGAGCAAAGAGGCCAAGAUCGCGCCUCCAAAUGAGGAGGUGUAUAUUUAUCUUUUCCGAUCCUUUGCACGUUGUAAAUUCGUGGAAGGAGUGCAGAAGCUUCAUUUGGGAGCCAAAAUGGAUCUUGCCAUCAACAUGAACAUCAGGCUGCUUAACGCCAUAAUGGAAGGUUAUUGCGCUAUUGAGGACUCGUUCAAAGUAAGAGACACCUUCCACGUUGCCUAUUCGCUCCCGAAAUCGCGCGGACUCAACGCAGAGAGCUGCUACUGGAUGCUCCGCUCGCUCAGGGGAUACACGCUCAAGCACGUGACGGAUUUCUACACCAGUUUGUCAGCGUACGACGUUCUGGCGGACCCGCGGAUAUUUGGUGAGUAUUUGAUCGCACACUGCUCCUUUGGUAAGUAUGAGACAGCGCUGCGCGUUCUGGAGGAAAACUUCUAUAGCGAUGGGGGCCAUUUGAUAGACAGACGAGUUCUUCGUGACAUGCACAACUGGUGUGUGGAUGAGGACGUGAGAACAAAAGUGGAGCUCUUUGCUUCGCGCCAUUACCCUGCACUAUGGUCAGAGCUCAAAGAUAGCGGCGAGCUAAGCAACACAAAAAACGAGCUACUGGAUGAGGGAUACAACCCGGAACGACCUCAACUUGUGUAA